AGUUUAACACAGCUUCAGCACAGGGGAGGUGUGUGUGUAUGUGUGUGUGUGUGUGCGAAGAAUGUUAUGUUGAUGCGGAGGGUGAACAGACUCAUAUCCAAGAGAAGAAACGGGGUCAUUCGUGGAAAAGGAGGACAUCUCCGAGUCACGUCGUCGACUAUCGCCCCCGGUGACUCCCGUGUCUCUCAGUGGGGUGGGUCUAACCCAAAAAAUCCAUCAUCCUACAAUGGGCAGAGGGAGAUCGUCUCAGCUGGUAGAAUUCUCUUGUAAGUGCUGGUCCGAGAGCCGAGGAUAGGACCAAGACCUGGGACUGAGUCAAUGAGAUAGUCUGUCCGCCUGCGCCCUGCGCCUCCCGGCCCAGUGUCUGUGGCAGCAGCCGCACGGUGCGUAAAUGCGCUCGGUUCCAGAGAGGCACUGUAAAUGUUGAAAUCAGGUCUUUGUCAGACAUCGUGGUAGUGAAUCGAUUUUCUGAUAGUUCCGGUGAGCGGAUGGAGUGAAUUGUGCAGAGGAGAGAGACAGACCGCAGUUUGGUUGCGUGUGAUGAUAGGAGACACAAUGACGCUCUUGUCUCUUCUGGGUCGGAUCAUGCGUUAUUUUCUCCUCAGGCCGGAGACGUUGUUUCUGUUGUGCAUAAGUCUGGCUCUGUGGAGUUAUUUCUUCCACACGGACGAGGUGAAAACCAUCGUCAAGUCCAGUCGGGAUGCCGUGAAGAUGGUGAAGGGGAAAGUGGCGGAGAUGAUGCAGAAUGACCGGCUGGGAGGCCUCAGUGUUCUGGAUGCAGAGUUCUCCAAAACCUGGGAGUUCAAGAAUAACAACGUAGCCGUGUACUCCAUACAAGGGAGGAGAGAUCACAUGGAGGACCGCUUCGAGGUGCUCACCGACAUCACCAACAAGAGCCACCCGUCUAUAUUCGGGAUAUUUGACGGUCACGGUGGAGAGGCUGCAGCUGAUUAUGUGAAAGCCCACCUGCCAGACUCUCUGAAACAGCAGCUGCAGGCCUUCGAAAGAGAGAAGAGAGAGAGUGCUCUUUCUUACGCCAGCAUCCUUGAGCAGCGCAUCCUGACUGUGGAUCGUGAGAUGCUGGACAAGCUCUCUGCCAACCACGACGAAGCAGGAACAACAUGUUUAGUAGCCCUGCUGUCAGACAGAGAGCUCACGGUUGCCAACGUUGGAGACUCGCGUGGCGUUUUGUGCGACAAAGACGGGAACGCUGUUGCACUGUCGCAUGACCACAAACCAUAUCAACUGAAAGAGCGCAAGCGGAUCAAGAGGGCAGGAGGCUUCAUCAGCUUUAAUGGCUCCUGGAGAGUCCAGGGAAUCCUAGCAAUGUCCCGUUCUCUAGGUGACUAUCCCUUAAAGAACCUCAACGUAGUCAUCCCCGAUCCUGAUAUCAUGACCUUUGACCUGGAUAAACUGCAGCCAGAGUUCAUGAUACUGGCAUCCGAUGGGCUUUGGGACGCCUUCAGUAACGAGGAGGCCGUCCGGUUUGUCCGAGAACGCCUGGACGAGCCGCACUUCGGUGCCAAGAGCAUUGUUCUGCAGUCUUUCUACCGAGGUUGCCCCGACAACAUCACUGUCAUGGUGGUGAAGUUCAAAAGUGGGGCAGGGGGAGGUAGCAAAACAGGGGAGUAGAAACAGCAUGGAGAAAUAGAGCUCACACUAUGAUGAGUUUUUCUGUGAUAUCCCUCAUCUUCUGGGUGGAUCAGCCAGUAUAUGGUCACAGGACAACUGAGAAGAGAUGAAGUCUGAACACUGAGAACUGAACCGCACACACACAGACAUACACACAGACAUACACACAAAAACACACAAAGAUUUGUAUUUGAUUGCGAUAAGGGCAUUUAAACACAAAACAGAUCCCUUAACCAUCUGGUAAUAGAAUGAUGAACACAUUAGAACACAGAGGUGCAUACACAGGAAGUAAACAAACACCAAACAGGAGACUUCUGUAAACCAGCACACAUUAGACUGUGAUUGAUUUCUUACUGUUUACUGAACAUGCACAUGAAUGGUACAGCUCCACUGGGUUUUUUUUUUUUUUUCUUUUCAGAAGAGGCUUCAACUUGGUGCCUACUCAAGAACAACUGUGCAACAAUAGGAAGCUAAUGAAAAUGUAAAUGUAUCUGCAAAAACAACACCCUGCUUGCUGCAUUUUGAUGACACUCUCAAAUAUUGUCUGUUCCACUGUUGAAUGAAAACAGUCUAAAAAAUCUAAAAAA